GUAUGAUAUCAGAUAACAUCGGGAUGUGCCAAUUGCUGCUGUAUGUGAGUCAGCAUCCUGAUGAUAACUUUCUCAGUAAUAUAGGAUUUCAUAUAUUUAUUGUGUGUCAUUUUCUAAAGCAAUGUCUGUGAUUAUAUAUAUGACUUCAACAACGACAAACAGAGACAUAUACCACAAGCAAAGCAGAAUAAAACUUGUUCUUGAGGGAAAAGGAAUAAAAUACGAAGAAGUAGAUCUAUGUAAGGACAAGGAAAAACGAGAUUACAUGAGAGAAAAAGCAGGAAUUCCAGACUUACUCCCACCACAAAUUUUUAAUGGUGACACAUACUGUGGGGAUUUCCAAUCCUUUGAUGAUGCACUAGAAGCAGGAACGUUACAGGAAUUUUUACUCCUGAAAUGAGUGGAUGAAAGAUUUUUUUUGAAUGUGGAUGAUGCCUGUUAUGUGCUAGGAGACGUAUGCUGAAGAAUGCAAGAACUACAAAGAAAUGUUUCUACUUUUAUAUAUAAAGUGCAAUUCUAUAAGAAAAAAAUGCAAUUCCGUGUCGUUUUUGUUUUAAAGAUGUCAAUUGCUUGUAGAACUGAAUAUGGAUUUAACAAUUUUGUAUCGUGAAAAUCUUAUAUCGAAAUAAAAUUACAGUUAUUUUUUA